AUUGUGGGACGUGUAGUUCCGCUUCUAGGCCGCGGGUCUCGCUAACAGCACGCGAAGGAACCAAACAAAACCAAAUUAGCAAAACUUGUGCAGGAUUGUUGAAAUACUGGCGACACCCCCGCCCCAUCAUGCCUGGGUUCACGUGCUGCGUGCCUGGAUGCUACAAUAACUCCCACCGGGACCGCGAGCUGCGCUUCUACACCUUCCCGAAGGAUCCCACUCAGCGCGAGAUCUGGCUGAAGAACAUCUCGCGGGCCGGGGUGAGCGGCUGCUUCAGUACUUUCCAGCCCACGACGGGGCACCGGGUGUGCAGCGUGCACUUCCCCGGGGGCAGGAAGACGUACACUAUACGCGUCCCGACUCUGUUCCCCCUGCGCGGGGUGAACGAGAGGCGGAGCCGGCGCGGCCGGAGCAGGAAGGUGUCCGCGGUCGUGCCCAUCAUCACGAGCGUAGUCUCGCUCUCCAGCGACCCCGCUCCAGCCGACGCGGAGGCAAGCGACCCCAGCGUGGUGCAAAUUGGGCAAAACGGCCAGUAUAUCAGUCCCGUGGACCUGACCGCAGCGGCAGACGCGUCCUGCACGAGCGUGCUCCCUCACGCUGAGGAUUUUGAAGGGCCCGUGCAGGCCGGGCCGUGCCUCGCGCUGGGCGGAGAGGACCACUCGUACUCGCUGACCAACGGCACGACCUCCGCCGAACUGCUGCGGAAGCUGAACGAGCAGCGCGACAUCAUCGCGCUCAUGGAGAUCAAGAUGAAGGAGAUGAAGAGCACCAUCCACCAGCUGCGCGUCACGGAGGCGCGCCUGCACGAGGAGGUGCGCGAGAGGGACCGUAUGCUCUCCGCUGCUGCUGCGCUUCGGAAGAAAGUCUGAGACUGCAUACCUGUCUGCACAAAGACCCGUGGGUGCGAGCGAGCACAGCCGCCGUUUAUCGUAGUUAAUCUGAUCGGCCGAUUUCUGUUGUUUUUAGACGAUUUACACAUUCAGUAUGUAGGCGGCGUGCGAGACCGGAGCGCAAGACCAGACCCAUGUACACGCGCGUUGAACUGUCCAAACGCGCAGCUCGGACUGACACUUUCAGUGUAGACUGGUUUUUUUUCUUUUUUGUUUGUGAGAAAGGGAGAUUUUCUUGUUUGCAGCAACUCGAAAUUCGCCAACUGCUUCCUGAUAUGAAAUAAACACAGCCUUCAUUCACACAGACUGUUCCUCGUUGUGUGAAGGCAUUUCAUGAGUUUGAGUAAUUAACUUCCUUUAUUUUGAAGUUUCUGAGUGGAAUAACUGAGUGGAUUUGUUCCAAACCAAGGGGUCCUCACAUGAUGUUUGAAACAACUGAUGAACUGGGGGAAAAAAAGACUCAUCAUUUGAAGGUCUAUUUCUUGUAACACUGGUUUUGUAGUUUCUUAAAUAAAUGCUACAGUAGAGGUAUUUUCUAACAAGGUAA